GCGGAGCGGAUCCCCCGGGAGCGGCCUCGCUCAUGUGACGCCGCGCAGGAGCCGCCGGUCCCCGCUGCAGCCAUGGCGCCGUCCCCGCUCGCUCUGCUCCUGGCGUUGGGCGCCGCCGCCACCGCCCUGGCCGAGCCCCUCCGCUUCGUCGACUGCGGUUCCAAAGACGGCAGCAUCCAAGAGGUGAACGUGAGCCCCUGUCCCACGCAGCCCUGCUUGCUCCACAAAGGGACAUCCUACAGCAUCAACGUCACCUUCGCCAGCAAGAUCGAAAGCCAGGGCAGCAAAGCGAAGGUGUACGGUGAGAUGCUGCAUGUGGACAUACCCUUUCCCAUUCCUGAGCCUGAUGGGUGCAAGUCUGGGAUCAAGUGCCCCAUUCAGAAGGGCCAUUCCUACAGCUACCUGAAUAAACUCCCUGUGAAGAGCGAGUACCCCAGUAUUAAACUCAUAGUGAAGUGGGAACUGGUGGAUGACCAGGACCAGAUGCUGUUCUGCUGGAAGAUACCAGUGCAGAUCACCAGCUGAGGAGCCCUGCCAUUAGCAGGGCUUGGGGAGGGGAAAACCAGAAGACAAUACAGGCCAAAUUCUUUUAUAUAAUAGCAUUUCUUACUGAUUCCUCCAGAGUUCUGUAGCUUCUGAGCAGCCAGUACUGUUUCUGCAAGGUCAUCUGUGUGCAGAGGGCUCGUACCCCAUUUGGAUCCCCCUGAGGUGUUCUUGCAGCAUCUCAAGGGGGAGCAGGGUCUGCUGCAGGAGUGACUGAGCAUUGUCCUCUGGUUGCUCUGCGGAGGUACUUCAGUUGUUUGAGAUGGAGCUCCUGUCCUCAUAAAGGAUUUUUCUCUGCAAUGAACCUGGCUAGUGUCUGAGCUGUUACCUAGUAACCUUUCAGUGCCUCUUCUAGAAUGCCGGCUGCAUCCACUUUUCUGGACUUCUGUUGCAACUGGGAUGCCCCCGAGACCUGCAUAUGCCAUCCAUGCAGCUGAAGGAGAGGAGACUUUCCAUGAGCUGGCAGCCUGCUGUGUCCUGGGUCCCUGCUUGAGCCAGCAGGACUGCAGGUGGGAAAAAACUUCCAUUUUGUGGAUGCAAAGCCAAAUGGCAUUCAAUGUCUCUGCAGGGAUGACUCUUCCUCUAACCAGUGGUUUGCACUACUGCUAUUUUGGAGCUGCUGGGAGCUCCUGAACCUUUUUAUAACUUUCCUUUUAAUAAAGCCUAGACAAAAUCUUUUUGCGUUG